AUGUACGUUGAUGACCUGAUUGGGGGUCGAGAAAAAGUAAAUGAAGCCUUUCAGACUUGUAUUGAAAGCAUAAAAAUUCUGAAAGAAGCUGGCAUGGUGCUUUGCAAAUGGAAGACUAAUUCGCGCGAAUUAAUUUCUCUGAUGAAAGAAAACAAUAUUGACUGUGAACAAUCCGACAUUAGACUCCAGCAGUAUGAUUCUUCUACGAAGGUGCUGGUUCUUAUUUGGGAUCCAGGAGAAGAUGUUUUCAGGUUCUGUAUGAAAGAGCUAUCUCGAAUUCUAACCUACCGUAUCAGCACAAAGCGGUUCGUUCUGCAAGUAGUGGGUCGUAUUUACGAUCCUAUAGGAUUUCUCGCGCCUUAUAUCAUAAUUGUGAAGUGUAUUCUUCAAGAAAUUUGGAGUUCCGGUGUUGAUUGGGACGAAGAGCUGCCGAAACCAUUGGACCACAGGUGGCAGAUGUGGUGCAAUGAUGUUGAGAACUUGAACACUGUAAAGAUACCCAGAUAUUCAUCUGUUUCUGCUUAUGGUACUGUAUUAUAUUUACGUGCCGUUGCACAAGAUGACUCGACUAUAACACUUUGUUGGGUCAAAAGUAAUUCUUGUAAAUAUAAGCAAUUUGUAAAAAAUAGGGUUGAAGAAAUUCAAGGGUUAAGUGAUCCUAGUAUGUGGUUCCAUUGUCCUGGUAAACAAAAUCCCAGCGAUAUAGUUAGCAGAGGCAUGUAUUCAGGAGACCUGGCAAAAAAUAGUUUGUGGUGGAACGGACCACAAUGGUUACGACAACCAUCUGAGUGUUGGCCAAACAUGAGUACAGAAGUUAAACAUGAUGUCGGAGAUCUUGAGUUUCGUAAAGAGUUUGCAAUAAACCAUGCUUCACAUUUCAUCAAUUCAGAUAUACCCUUUCCUCUUGUUAUUAUAUCCGAAACAUUCAUUCGGCCGGGGCAAAAUUCCCACAUGCUUGGAUCUGUUAAUGAUUGA